CUUCAAUAUUCUAUAUUUCAAACUCAAACAAAUAGCUAAUUUCAAAACUUUUCAAACAAAUAAUUUUAAUCAAUUAAAAAUUUCAAAAAUUUAUAAAGAUAAACAUAAAAGAAGUUUUUUUUUGCCUGUUUACGUCUCCAAGUGGCUUGUAUAGAAGCAAAAGCAUAGAAUAGGAAACGAUAUUGGACAUACUAUACAAAGUAAUUCAAUAUAAAACACAAGAGGUUUUAUUAUUUUAAAAAUCAAUUAAAGCAGAAAAAAUAAUUGUUUACAGAUCGGAAAAUCUUAUAUUAAUCUUCUAUAAAUUAAAAUAUUUAAUUAUUACUAAAAACGACAAUAUGGAUAUUUUGCGGCUAUUUUUGAAUGAGGAGACAUUAAAGAACACUUGUUUUCUGUGUUUUAAAAAUAAUGAGAAACAUAUGUCAAUCUAUCAAGAUUUUUUUAUAUAUAAUGAUGAAUGUAAUGAUUUGAAAAUUUGUCUAUAUAAUAUGAUAAAGUUUUUGCUUCCAAUGCAAGAUAUAAUAUUUCAUCAAGCGUGUGACAUCUGCACUCAUUUGAUUAUAAAAAUAUAUCUCGUUAUGAGAAAACAUAAUGAAAAAUUAGAGCAAUACAAUGUAAUUAUAGACAAACUAAUUUAUCAAGUUGAAAAAAAGUCAUACCAUUUGAAGGAUACAGAUAAAGUAAAUGAAAUAUAUUUGAAUGUUCAAGAACCAAAUAAUGAUUAUAAGGAAAGUGUAAAUAAUCAAAUUGUUACAGAAGAUAAAAUUGAUUUUGAAACAGCAUUGAAAAGCUGUAAAAAAUGUGAUAUGAAGUUCAAAUCUACAGAAUUAUUACAGAAACAUUACAGUGCUGCCCAUAGAAAUAUAAGUAAAUCUAUGAUAUGUGAUAUCUGUGGUAAAAAUUAUAAGUCUCCACAAGCAUUGAAGGAUCAUCUCAAUAGCCAUACAGAAAAACAGUGUCCGUACUGUUGUAAAAGUUUCAAAGUAUCCUAUUACAAUGAACAUGUACGUAAUCAUGAAAGUAAGGAACGUAGGAAGAGAAAUAAAUUGUACUACAAUUGUAGUCAUUGCAGUUAUAAAAGUGUCAACAAAUGCUCACUAAAUGCGCAUAUAAAUAAAAUACAUUUGCAAAUAAGGCCUUUUGUUUGUAAGAUAUGUUUUAAAGGCUUUCAUAAAAAAAGCACCUUGACUGAACAUAUUAGAAUUCAUGAAAAACGAAAGGAUUUGACAUGUGAACUUUGUGGAGAAGGUUAUGUAUGUAUCAAAACAUUGACAGAACAUUUGAGGUUACAUUCUGGUGAGAAACCGUACCAGUGCGAGAUAUGUAAUGUAAAGUUUGCAUCAUCUGGCCGUAGAACUGAGCAUAUAAAACGAAAACACAGGGAGAAAACAGAGUCUUGUCUUAUAUGCAAUAAAAUGUUUAGUUUGAAGAAAGAAGUCAAAAGACACAUGAAAAUAGUUCAUAAAAAUGUUGUUGGGACAGAAUCUCAAUUAUCACAUGCUGAUCCACAGAGCUAUGUAUUUAAUAAUAUUGAUGUAAUAUUAUAGUCCAAAAUACUUCAAAGUUUGAAGAUGAAGGUCUUUAACCAGUGUGUGUUGCCAGCGAUGACUUGUGGCAACGAAUCAUGGUCUUACAUGAUUGCUUGUAUAAAAGCUUCAAAUUAUUCUGUGAGCUAUGCUUGGAGUUUCUUUACAUGCUAGAAUCCGAAAUUAGGAUAUCCGCAAAAGAAUGAAAGUCACUGACAUAGUCCGCAGGAUAAGGAAGCUAGAGUGGCAAUGAGCUGGUUACAUAGCCCAUCAUACAGGCAAAUGCAGUGUAGGACGACCAGAUGUCACUACAUGGAGUAACAACCUCAAAUGCAUUGCAGAAGACUGUUCCUUAUGGCAGUCUAUGGGGAGAACUAUGUCCAGUAGUGGGCAGAUAAUGACUGAGAUAAUGAUUAUGAGUGUUAUAGUAACCAUAUUUAGUUAUAUAGUUACACCAAGUGUCUUAUGGGGUAGGCAGUAUGGAACAAGAAAAUGCAGUAUCAAUUUUCAAUUACAUGUCUGAUUUUCUUUAACCAUUGUAAUUAUUCCUUUUAGCGAAGAGACAAUUGAAUGAAAAAUAAAUUAGGUACAUUAAAAUUUAUUUUAUAAAAAAUAAGGUACAAAAGGACAUUAUUAUAACAGUAUUUAGGUUUUUCACUAUACAAUAAAUACACAAGUUGUA